CCUUACGAUAGUCCGCUAUUACCUUGACGGGACACCGCACGAGCUUAUUGACAUUUCCCAUAGCAACUCGUGUCGUCACGAUCUCACGAGAUUUUACGAGACGAAACCAUUUCCGAUCAAAACAAAAAUGGCGCCCAACUGUCCAGAAGAAGUCGACGUUUUUACAGUGCCCCAUUCUCGAAUGAAGGAGCUUGUACACAAGUAUUUGGCCAUGAUGACGGACACAAAUUUCGCAGAUGUCCAUCACAUGACAAACCUCCUAGAAAAUCUCGUCAAUGCCUUUCAUGAGUUCAGAGCCCACGAACAAAUUGAAAAUAAAUACAUUAUGAAAAAACUCAAAGCAAAACUAAAUGCGCUUUCGAUUCGGAGCUCAGCUGUGUGUAACUGUCACUCGGACAAUAAACUGACGGAGAUGUUGAUGCUGCUACAGGACGGGUACCACUGUCGUGAGAAGGGGGAGGUGGACCGACAGAACUAUGGGAAAAAGCUACGCUCAGCGCUGGAGGAUUUCACUCAGAAGUUCAUCCCACACAUGGAGGAAGAAGAAGAGAUUUUUCAACCAAUGCUGAUGAAGUAUUUUUCGUUUGAAGAGUUAAGGUCCCUGAAAUCUAAAGUGAUUAGAAAACAUCAACAAACCAUAGAGGAUGAAUAUGUCGAAAAUGAAGAAUGUGUUUCCUCGUCUUCUGAUGAAGAGGAAAAAUGUAUGAGAUCAGAAUCCCGUCGUGAGCCCAGUGGGAUUGAGUGUUUACCUGAUGAAGUCCUGAUGGCCGUCUUCUCCUACCUGAAUCCCAGGGAGUUAUGUGUCUCAGCCCAGGUGUCAAAAAGAUGGAACAGCCUGGCUAUGGAUGGGUCUAACUGGAGAGUCCUUAGGCCUGUCCAGUGGUUCAAGGGACUUUGGUCUCGCCAGGAGAAGAUGGACAUUGAGUUGGAAGAGAGGGACGUGGAGACGGCCGAGUUCUAUCCAGUCGAUGUCAAAUACGAUGAGGAUGCUGAUGUAGAUGAGUCAGAGGAAAGUGAUGAUUUGGAUGAGAUGUCUCCUGAAUGGAUGCUGGUACAGAAGGAGUCCAGGAUGCUGACUUGUAUGGUGAAGCACCUUUUCCCCAGGGUGGGGGCCAGUGUGGUGGAGUUACACCUGGGCUACAGUAGGGGAUUAACUAAUGGAGUGCUAUACAGAAUGCUGAGCUGCUGUAACAAUCUGGAAGUUUUAGACCUUACACAGACCAGAGUGUCAGACAUUGGUUUUAAGAGUUUGGGCAAGAACAGGAAUGGCAGAAAACUGAAGCAUAUAAAUCUCUCAGGCUGUGUAAACAUUACUGAUGUGACGAUACAGAAAAUAUCCUCAGCACUGGGAUGUAUCAAAGACACCAGAUCGGAAAAAGUUAGUGAUAAUUCGAAUACCUGUACUGUCAGAGGAAGGACCUGCUGUCAUGAAAGAGAGGCUCACGGAAGACAACAGGAGGAGUCGGGAAAUGGACUCGAUUUUGAUUCAGUGGAUGUAGCAUUGCGUAAUGCUUGUGAUUUUGUGGAAAGUGAGGCUAUGGCUAGACAUUUGAUUGAUUUUCUGGAGGGAGAGACUAUGUUUUCUUCCUUCAUGCACCAAUCCUUUCUGCCACCCUUACUAAGGGAUCAACAACAAAGGACAUUGGAAUUGAAUAAUUUCCUAAAAGACAGUUCGGGCUUGGGCACCAAGAAAGAAACUUAUCUUGCAAGGAAUGAUUGGAAUUCCUCGUCAUAUCCUACAAAUAUUUUCUCAGACAAUUCCUCCUGGAGGAUGAACCCCUCUGUAGAGAGGGAUCUAGGGAGUUCCCCUCGAAGGACUAAUUCCUCCCCCGAGAGGAUUCGCGGGAAUUCCCCGUACAGGACUAGCACCUCCGUGGGGGGUAAUGGUGGGGCUUGUUAUGUCUGUGAUAAUAGUGACAGUGACACUCCCCAGAGGGCGCUGCAGUUCCUCUCUCUGUCCGGCUGCUCUUUGGUGACAGAUGAAGGAAUCAG